AUGAGCAGAAUAAAGUCUCUAAUUACUCUAUCUCUGUACCAUAAACCGUGGCCAGUGUCUUCGGCUAUUGCCCCUCGACUAGACACCACUCAUCUUGCUGAGGAGGAGAAGAUUCCAGACUAUCACCCCGAUCGAUUUUAUCCUGCUCGUCUAGGGCAGAUUUUGAAUCAAAGGUACCAGCUUGCCACGAAAUUAGGCUACGGAGCCAACUCGACGGUUUGGCUGGCUCGCGACCUGCGCCGCUGGCGCUGGUCCAAAGAAAAAUAUGUCGCCGUAAAACUUAACGCAACUGCAACUCCAUCGAGGCAAUUACCAACAGACAACGAGGAACGCAUUUUACGGCAUAUUUCGAAACUAAAUCCCCACCAUCAGGGCUGGCACUUUAUCAGAAAGCUCAGUGACUCGUUUCAACUUGAAGGUGUAUAUGGCGGGAAACAUUCUUGCCUUAUUCUAGACGCUUUACGCGAACCUCUCUGGAUUUAUCAACAAAGGUAUAUUGAUGGGUUUAUCCCGGUGGGUAUACUCAAAAUCCUCCUACAGAUGACUCUCCAAGCACUCGAUUAUCUCCACUCUGAGUGCCAUGUCAUUCAUGCAGAUUUAAAACCUGAUAAUAUCAUGAUCAGAAUCGAGGACCCAUCUAUUUUCGAAGAACACGCGCUGGAUGAGUUCCAUCACCCACUACCACAGAAGCAUACAGGUGAUAGGGUUAUAUACCUUUCACGCAACAACUAUGGGCCUCUAAAAAGGCCAACGGGUAUAAUUCAGCUUAUGGAUUUUGAUCUUUCUGUAUCAACCAAGCCAGGAAGGCUACACUAUGGAGCCAUCCAAGCUGAGAUUUACCGAGCGCCCGAAGUCAUCCUUGAGGCUGGUUAUACUUUUUCCGCUGAUAUAUGGAGUUUGGGUGUCUUGUUCUGGGAUUUAUUAGAGGGAAAACAUCUCUUCAACCCACACACACCUGAAAAGCCGGACGAAUACGAUGAGGCGCCACCUCGUAGUCUUGUUUCUAGUGGACGGAGGAGUUCUAUGUUCUACGACGAUAAUAACCCAGAAACUCCGCGAGACCCUCAGCCACUUGCUUGUAAUCUCAGCUUUGAGGAGGGUAUCAACCAAAUCAAAGGCGAGGAGAAGAGAAGGUUCAUAAGUUUUGUGAAGAGAAUGAUCAAAUGGAAACCAGAGGAAAGAAGCACCGCGAAAGAAUUGCUCGGAGAUCCUUGGCUGUACGAAGACUUCUCUCAGGAUCAGGCGAAGGACAAAUCACCCCCCAGAUGCCUCAAUGAAAGCUGA